CUCCGGAGCAGCUUCUGUAAAGAUCGGAGUUGUGUCUGUGUGUGCAAAGCAUCACUGAUUAAUCGGCAAAUAUGUCUGACAAACCAGAUAUGGCUGAAAUUGAGAAAUCUGAUAAGUCUAAGUUGAAGAAGACAGAAAUGCAAGAGAAGAGCCCAUUGCCUUCCAAGGAAGCAAUUGAACAGGAGAAGCGAGCGGGUGAAUCAGAAUGAAAUCAGCCCUUCCAGAUUAUGCACUGUACAUUCCACGAGCAUCGCCUGCUUAUUU